CUGCAGUCAAGGAUGUUGGAAGAGAGAAAGAGGGAAGUAGUAGACACUGGUGGACAGUAGCCUACAGUACCGUAGCACUUCGGACAAAUACCCUCUGCUAAUGAAUAAUAAGCCACUUAUUUCUUCUUGGAGGAUCUACAAACGAAGAUCUACGUAGAACUUGGUGGAUGUUAAGAAGAAGAAGUGAUGAGACGUUUAUCUGAAGCACUCUGACAGGAUGGCAUCACAGGAGGGGAAGGAGCCCCCUCCAAACAGAGGUCAAUCAGAUAGCCGUCUAAAGAGUAAGAAGCCGCCCAGCCUUGUAAUAGCCAUCCCUCCACCAGAGGUGAUGUCCCACGACCCUGCGAAACAGCCGUUGCGACCAUCUCUGAAAAAAAGUGAGAGUGGUCAAGCAACCGGUUCUGUGUCGGAGAGUGUGAGCGGAACCGGCGAUGGAGGCUUCUUAUCCAGAGACAGAAGGCCAAAGUUGGGUAGACAAACCUCACUCUCUCAGAGCAUUCGCAGGAAUACAGCCCAGUGGUUUGGCGUGGGGGAAGACUGUGAGACCAAGCAGCAGGUAUGGCAGAGGAAGAGCCUGCGUCACUGCAGCCAGCGCUAUGGCAAGCUGAAGGCCCAGUAUAGAGAGCCGGACACAGCCACCAGCAUCGACCAGGGCCCGGACUCACCAGCCACACACAAGAUGCCCAAGAUUGUGGAUCCACUGGCACGGGGAAGAGCCUUCCGUUGCCCAGAUGAGGUGGACAGUCGCUCCCCCAGGACACCCCACGCCACACAGGGAGUUCCUGUCACACCGGGGAUUACCUCACUGAGCUCUUUCACUAGCCAGCGCUCCGGGUACAGCCGCUUCCCCAGACGCAAGAGGGAGUCCGUCGCCCGCAUGAGCAUUCGAGCUGCGUCCAACCUGCUGAGGGGUCGUAGUGGCUUGGCAGGCUCCCAGACAGGUCGCAGUUUCCCCAGGAGGAGCUUUGCCAGGCCCAGCUGGUUGGAUGAGGACACGGUGGACUCUGCAGACACGUCUGAGUCGCUCUUCUUCAGUAAGGUCGAUGCCCAUGAUGAACUCUACUCUAUGGCUGAUGAUGUGUUUGAAUCUCCUCCAAUGUCGGCAGCUUUUGCUCCCUGCGAACAGCCUGACCAGAAGUUCCCAAGCCUUAAGGACGUAUCUCGGAUGCCCAGGACACCAACAGUAGUGCCUGAAAAGAUUCAUCCUCGCCGGGGGCGUCGCAUCGCCUCCCAAGUUAAGCAUUUUGCAUUUGACAAACAUAAGCGUCAGUACGGCAUGGGCGUUGUGGGGAAGUGGCUGAACCGGCACUACCGACGCAGCCUCAGCAGCAACGUCCAGAAGCAGCUGGACGACUUCCACAGCCACAGGCCCUACUUUACCUACUGGAUCACAUUUGUCCAUAUAGUGAUCACACUGCUGGCCUGCUGUACAUAUGGUUUUGCCCCUGUGGGGUUUGCACAACAUUCUACAUCUGAACUGGUGCUGAAGAACAAGGGGAUUUAUGAGAGUGUCAAGUAUAUCCAACAGGAGAACUUCUGGAUUGGUCCAAGCUCUGAGGACUUGAUUCACCUGGGGGCCAAGUUCUCACCAUGCAUCCGUCAGGACAUACAGAUAGUGAGUCUGAUCCAGAAGGCAAAAGAUCUGGAGAAAGAGUCUGGCUGUUGCGUCCAGAAUGACAACUCUGGAUGUGUGCAGACCCUCAGCUCCGACUGCUCCGAGACGCUGGCCACAUUUAUUAAAUGGAACAAUGAGCAUGUGGAUAUCAGCAGGUCCUCUGGUUCUGUCUGUCACCAGGAUCCCAGAGUGUGUGAAGAGCCUGCCUCUGCAGAGCCCCAUACAUGGCCAGAUGACAUCACCCAGUGGCCGGUGUGUACAUAUCCCAAGGAGUGGAACCAGACAGGUUACAGACACAUGGACUGUAAGAUCAAGGGACGGCCAUGCUGCAUAGGAACCAAGGGCAGAUGUGAGAUCGCCACCAGAGAGUAUUGCACUUUCAUGCAUGGUUACUUUCAUGAAGAUGCCACACUCUGCUCCCAGGUCCACUGUCUGGAUGACGUGUGCGGGUUGCUGCCCUUCCUUAACCCUGAUGUUCCAGAUCAGUUCUAUCGUCUCUGGCUCUCUCUCUUCCUCCAUGCUGGGCUUUUACACUGCGUGGUGUCAGUGGUGUUCCAGAUGACCAUACUGAGAGACCUUGAGAAGCUGGCAGGUUGGGUCCGCAUCUCCAUCAUUUAUAUCCUCAGUGGAAUCACUGGAAACCUCGCCUCUGCCCUGUUUCUGCCCUACAGAGCUGAGGUGGGUCCAGCAGGGUCUCAGUUUGGUCUCCUGGCUUGCCUGUUUGUUGAGCUGUUUCAAGGUUGGCAGAUGCUGGAGAAGCCGUGGAAGGCCUUUAUCAAACUGUUGGGCAUCGUCCUCUUCCUCUUCAUGUGUGGCCUGCUGCCGUGGAUCGACAACAUCGCCCACAUCUUUGGUUUCCUCAGUGGCUUGUUGCUCUCCUUCGCCUUCCUGCCCUACGUCACUUUCGGGACUUUUGACAUGUACCGGAAACGUAUCCUCAUUGUUGUCUCAAUGGUGGCCUACACUGGGCUGUUCUCUUCCCUCAUCGUUUGGUUUUAUAUUUACCCCAUUAACUGGCAUUGGCUGGAGCAUCUCACCUGCCUGCCCUUCACAAACAAGUUCUGUGAAAAGUACGACAUAGACCACGACAUUAACGAUGUGGUGCACUAGUCACAAGGCUCCUCAUGAUGUCUAAGAUGACCACAGUGUCUGUGCUACUGAUGCACUAGUUUCUAGCCAAUGACCAGGUCUGUUGUUUCCAGAUCAACUGGCCUUUCUAAGAACAUGGCAAUCAUGUCUUUUAUUCGUUCUUCAGACGACCUGGUCAAAGUCCACGUCAAUGGAACUGGAUAAGUCUCCUCUCAUCAGCUUGCUGGUUUGCUUACUUCUGUAAAACUUUACUCAACCUUUUUAAUCCUCUGUCAAGUCUGGCACUACCUAACAUGUUAAUUUGAUAAUGGGCUAGAAGAUCCUUAGUAUCAGAGGACAGAAAAGAUACUCAGGAUGUCAAAACUGCAUAGAGCUGGUAGGACCUAAAGGAAAAUCUCUACAGAACGACAGACUGGAUCCUUCUGUUCAUCAGUCUAAAGAAGCCAAAUAAAAGAAGAAAACAUGGGCCUCUCUGGCCUACAAUCACCUUUCUCUUUAACUCUAUUCACAGCAAGCAGCUGAGAUGAAGUAAGACUGAUGCAUUAAUGGGUCGUCAGGUAUCCUGGCGCCCAGUGAACAGAGCUACAUCAGAUGCCUCCUAUCAGUGAUUCUUUUUUUCAGUAACAGGGUUUAACACUACAAAGUCUGCCGCUCAGUGCUGCUGCCUCUCCACGUUUAAAGUCAUGAAAUUCUUUCAAAGUAAAAGAUCUUUGCUCUUUUGUACGUAUGCACUGGCAUGUCUAUAUUCUAAGUAUUAACUGUGCAGCGGGAGUAAUUAGAGUGAAAUAUCAGUGGUCAACUAAGGCAAGAUUUCUAUCAAAAACCACGAGUUGCCUUAAACAGACUAUGCCAUUUUAUAAAGAUGCUCUGUUGUACUUUUGCAUACAGCUUGUGAUCAACUGACUGAAUGAUGAUGACGGCCAACUUUCUGACCCUAACCUACCAAAGCAACUUCACAUGCUGCUUAUAUUAUGCAUGUUGUUCUUCACAAUCACUUAAUUUUCUGUAUGUCACUGCCACAAAGAGUUCUCAGACAAGCCCCAUUGAUAAUGGCUAUAUUAGAUCAUGUGUGUACAGCAACGCAUUGGUGCCUAAACCCUUUUCUAGAUUUAGUCUGAAAAAAAAAAAUCAAGCUAAUAUUUAUUAUUAAUAUAUUAUAUAUGAAUAUUAUCUAAACAGGCAUUUUGUUAGAUCAAAGCAAGUUUUUGUACUGUACUAUAUUUUUUGACUCUGUGUCAGAAUCACAAGAUGUUUAUGUUUGACCUGAGCCUUAAUAUGUUUGUGAAAUGUACAUACAAAAACAGUGCAAGACGGAUGAUUUUAAACUUUUAUGGUGCCACAGACAUUGGAAACCUUGUCUCAGACAGACACAUUCAGACUUAAUGUGGAAAUUUUUUUUGUCUCCUAUAUUUAAAAAAAUGUUUUUUUGGGUUGUGGUCCAUGACCCGCAGUACAUUGUUGCUGUUCUCGUGGGUCCCUGACAAUGUGACAAGUAUAAUAAUAUGAUUUCAGACGGCUUUGACACCUGAAGUGAAACAUUUCUCACGUCCCUGGCUUUAAACGUUAUCUUGUUGUGGAGGAUUCUGGCAUGUGUUGACCCCAGCUGUUAGGAAAGCCACGGUCUUGACUUGUGUGGAGGAUUAUGUGAAUUACUAAAUGAGAUUAUGUGAGUCAGUCUUAAGGUCUGACUCACUGAUCACCGGGUGUUUUUGAAAACACGAUAAAAAAUAGAAUAGGUUCUUGUUGGACAAUUUAAAUAUUUUAACCAGUUUCAACACCACGCCGUUUCAGUGGUGAAGGUCUUCUGUUUCAAGCCAUAGGACUAGGUAAAUGGGCAACGUCUGACAAUGACAUCCACCUCUUCUUUGGAAAACCUCUUUUCUGUGCCUUUUGACAUGUGAGUUGUUCUUUGUUUGAUCUGAACCACAACAACCCACAUUUUCAAUCAUGACAAUACACAGCAGUUACACUACUGUGUCUGCAUUGGGACCAAAUCAUUUCAACCUUUUUUCUAUUUAAUGGAAUUAAAAGGGAAAGUUUAAAAAGAAUUUCAGGCCAUGGUUAAGGUUCUGUUCUGUUUGCUUCCGAUUUAUAUGUGAAAAUCUAUGUGUGCUAAAGCAGUCAUGUCCAAAUAAAUGUCACUCUAGUAAUAAUGA